AUGAGUAUUGAACGUAUUCAAGAAGUGAUCAAUCAGGAAUCCAACUUGUCCACUGUUAUUGUUCCGAAGGAUAUCCCUGAUGGUGACUCUCUGUUACAAUUAAAAUGCAAUCUUUAUAUUCAUAUCUUACUUAAGGAGUGGGAAGGCACCAGUGAUCCUCCAUAUAUGCCAGAUAAGUUCCAGGAGGUAAAACGGAAUCUCUGCCCUCUUCUUGUGCAGCUACGAAAGGGUGCUCUGUCGGAAAACUUGUUCACCUCUUUAGCGUCGAUUCUGUACCAUCUGCAACAGGAUGAAUUCACGAGGGCUGAACAAUGUUACAUGGACCUAAGUUUGGGGAAGGUUGCGUGGCCCAUUGGAGUGACCUCUGUGGGUAUUCAUUCUGGCAGUAGCAUGUUGUCGUCGCACGUUAAUAGGGCUAACGUUAUGAAAGACGAGGUUACCAAAGAUUGGAUCAUACAGAUUAAGAGACUGAUUACCUUUAAGAGAGCUAUGGCUGAGGAUGAAUCAGAGUAA